UGAAAGGUAAAUUCACUAAAUUUAACAUGAUACUACCACAUACUACUCGAGUCAUCUAAGCAAUCAUCUAGUGAUCUAACAUAGGUACCUUUUAAAAAUUUAUUUCGAAUGAUAUUUAUUUGACAAAAUUGUAUGUGCUUAGCAUGGUCCCAACAGGAACAGUACUGUGUAGAGUGUAGAUUUCAUUUUUGUACAGUUCGUUUUUGUUAUGCUUUCCAUUAAUUUGUAAAGAUGAUAACCAAGAUACCUUUGCUAAAAUGAAAUUUUAUAUUUAAAUGUGAAAAGACUGACAUAUGAUGAACAUAAAACGUAGCAUAAGAUUUCAACAAAUCCUAAAUAAGUGGCCUGGAAAAAAGUAUAUUGGAGAAUACCGCUUCCUUCCACUGUUUUUCAUUUUAGGGGCUGUAUUAGAAUAUUCUAUGAUUAACUGGCAAGUUGGUGAAACGAAUUUUUAUAGAGUAUAUAAAAUAAGACAAGCCAAAAACAUCGUAGAAGAAACACUUGCAUAAUAAGAUGCCCGCAGGAGUGUCGUGGUUUCGCUACU